AUGAUGUCUUUCACUGCGCAUGAACUCUCCAUGCUUUCGGGUCCUUUCUAUGGACAAGUCCCUCCCAGGUACAACGAUACCAGCACCCCAUUCAUGGCCGACAGCUUCGAGUACGAGACCCACAACCCCGGAUCUCAACUCCACACCCCCACACCUUUACCGAAAAAAGGUUCCGUCAAGAAGACUCUUGUCCAUCGCUCCAAGAAGCAAACCAAUCCCCGUCCAACUCCUCCGCUUUUAAUCUGCAAAUGGUCCACGUGUACCAAACCGUUCUCCCGCAAAGCAACUCUGGUACGCCACGUGGUGACCCAGCACGUGGAUCCCGGCUCGGUUCCAUGUCUCGAUGAGGAGUGCAUUAAGGUUUUUAAUCGGAAGGAUAAUAUGAUGUCGCACUUCCGGACUGUUCAUGUUGAUGACUGGUGA